AUGGCCAAACCAAACUGCUCCUCGAGGGCUUCUGUGGAGCUAAGCUGUGUUCAGGAGCUGCUCUGUAACUCCAGCUUUAAGCUAAACCUUAGUGAGGUGGAGUUGGAGGACUACUGCCUAAACCAGGAGGAGUAUCUGGAAAAGUACCUGGGUCCCCGACGCUCACCUGUCUUCCUUCCCAUUUGCAUCACAUACCUGCUCAUCUUCUCUGUGGGCGCCAUGGGCAAUGUCCUCACCUGCACCGUUAUCGCUCGUCACAAAGUUAUGAGGACGCCCACUAAUUUCUACCUGUUCAGUUUGGCAGUGUCAGACCUACUGGUUCUCCUGCUGGGCAUGCCCCUGGAGCUCUAUGAGAUGUGGAGUAAUUAUCCUUUUCUGCUGGGGAAGAGUGGCUGCUACUUUAAGACCUUCCUCUUUGAGACUGUGUGUUUUGCCUCCAUCCUCAAUGUGACAGCACUCAGCAUUGAGCGUUACAUUGCUGUGGUGCACCCACUCAGGGCCAAAUAUGUGGUCACGUGCACCCAUGCUAAGCGUGUUAUCUUAUGUGUUUGGAGUGCGUCCGUGCUGUGUGCCGUACCUAACACCAGCCUCCAUGGCAUCUUCACCAUUCCCCUGCCUAGAGGGAGAGGAAAGGGUACCUUGGCCAGCUCAGCCACAUGCAUGCUGGUGAAGCCUCGUUGGAUGUACAACCUGAUCAUACAGAUCACCACCUUGCUCUUUUUCCUUCUGCCCAUGCUGACUAUUAGCAUGCUCUACAUGCUCAUUGGCCUACAGCUGAAGCGGGAGAGGAUGCUGCAGACCAAGGCCAGCCCAGAGCCGGAUGACUGUUGCCAUGCACGUGGCCGACAGCAGAAAACACGCCAGCAGCAGGUCACUAAAAUGCUGUUUAUGUUGGUGGUGAUGUUUGGCAUCUGCUGGGCUCCAUUUCACACAGACCGUAUAAUGUGGAGCUUCAUGGACCAGAUCAGCAAUCACAUAAAGAUCUUUGAAGCAUACGAGUAUGUUCAUGUCAUCUCUGGGGUCUUCUUUUACCUCAGUUCUGCUGUCAACCCCAUUCUCUACAAUCUGAUGUCCACACGCUUUCGGGAGAUGUUUAAGGAAGUUAUGUGUCGUCACAAAUGGCGCCCUGUCCCCAGGAAGCACUCACUUAGCAUGACACGGGUAACUUUACGCAGCACAGUGAGUGAAGUUGCCCCCAGCAAUUGUAUGAACAUUGCUGAUGGAGAUUAUGAGUUUUAUGAAUGCCAUGAACACGAGACCAUGUUUGACUGA